AUGGAGAUGCUCUAUAGAGCUGCUGCAGCGCUGCGUACAAGGGCUGAGGGCUCAGGAGAUACUCCCACCGAUGAAUUGUUGAAACUCCUACAGAACCCCUUCACCAAACAGCUUUCCGUUUCUGCCAUCUGGGCCGCCCUGGCCUCGUCUAUUGGUAUCACCGCCGGAAUCGCCCUCGCCUUCUCCCUCCUCCGACCGUAUAACAGUUCUGUGUAUUGCCCGAAGUUGAAACAUGCCGACGAGAAACAUGCUCCUCCGCCCCUGGGCAAGGGAAUAUUUGCCUGGAUUGGCCCGUUGUGGAGUACAAACGAGCAAGAUAUGGUGAACUUGGUGGGAAUGGAUGCGACUGUUUUUAUGCUCUUCACUCGCAUGUGCCGCAACAUCUUUCUCACCCUCUCCGUCCUCGGCUGCGCCAUCCUGAUCCCGGUCAACUACACCAAGACUGUCGUUUUUGAAGGCGAUUCCUGGCUGAACCAGAUAACACCGCUCAACGUCUGGGGCGAAGCACACUGGGCUCUGGUUGCCGUUGCUUGGCUAAGUAAUGUUGUUGUGUGUGGCUUCCUCUGGUGGAAUUAUAACAAAAUCCUCCGCCUGAGACGGCAAUAUUUCGAAACUGAGGAGUAUCAGCAAAGUCUCCAUGCUCGGACUCUGAUGAUGUACGAUAUUCCCAAGAACUACAGCACCGACGAAGGCAUCGCGAGAAUUGUUGACGAGAUUGUGCCCAACUCCUCCUUCUCCAGGACGGCCAUCGCCCGCAACGUCAAGAUUCUCCCUGAGCUUAUUAGAGAGCAUGAAAAGACCGUCCGCAAACUGGAGAAGGUCUUGGCCAUUUACCUCAAAGAUCCGCAAAAUCUUCCCGCCUCUAGGCCGCUUUGUGAGCCGUCCAAGAAGGACCGGGCUUAUGAUACGUAUCCCAAGGGCCAAAAGGUCGACGCUAUUGAAUACCUGACUCAGCGUAUUAAAGAGCUGGAGAUCGAGAUCAGAGAGGUCCGGCGGAGCGUGGACAAACGAAGCUCAAUGCCCUACGGAUUUGCCUCGUACGCUGACAUUAGCGAGACUCACUCCAUUGCCUAUACUUUCCGCAAGCAGAAGCCUCAUGGCGCGACGGUCACCCUGGCGCCGAAACCGACCGAUAUCAUCUGGGACAAUAUGCCAUUGAACGCAGCGACUCGAAGCAGGCGGAGGCUGUGGAACAACCUUUGGAUCGCCCUCCUGACAUUUCUGUGGAUCGCACCAAAUGCCAUGAUCGCCAUCUUCCUGGUCAACUUGGGAAAUCUAGGCAAGGUCUGGCCCGCUUUCCAAAGAUCGCUGGAAUCAAGCACAACCUUCUGGUCCAUCGUCCAAGGUAUUGCUUCCCCGGCCGUGACGUCUCUCGUUUUUCUACUGCUUCCAAUCGCCUUCCGGCGAAUGUCCGUAAGAGCCGGUGAUCAGACAAAGACAGGCCGGGAGAGGCACGUCACAGCGAAGCUAUACUCGUUCUUCGUCUUUAACAACCUGGUCGUCUUCUCCAUCUUCAGCUCCAUCUGGGGCUUCACCGCUGGAGUCAUCCAGGAGACCGAGAAGGGUACGGACGCCUGGCAGGCGAUUGUCAAGGAGAACUUUGGCCAGACCAUCUUCAUCUCUCUGUGUGGCAUCUCCCCCUUCUGGGUGACCUGGCUGUUACAGCGCCAACUCGGCGCGGCCAUCGACCUGGCUCAGCUGUGGCAGCUGGUCUACAGUUUUUUCAUGCGGAAAUUUUCGAGCCCAACCCCCCGCGAACUCAUCGAGCUCACGGCGCCGCCACCGUUCGACUACGCCAGCUACUACAACUAUUUCCUCUUCUACGCAACGGUCGCUCUAUGUUACGCCACCAUCCAGCCGCUUGUUCUUCCUGCGGCGGCCCUCUACUUCUGCAUCGACGUCGCGCUGAAGAAGUACCUGCUCCUCUACAUCUUUAUUACCAAGACUGAGUCGGGCGGCAUGUUCUGGCGCGUGCUCUAUAACCGCUUUGUCUUCGGCACCUUCCUGGCCAACCUGAUUGUCUUUUUGGUGGCGUGGGUCCGCGGCGACGGGCGGCACUUCCAGGCAUACGCUGUCGCGCCGCUUCCGUUCUUAUUGAUUGGGUUCAAGAUCCUCUGCGCCCGUACUUUCGACGAGAAGAUCCACUUCUACUCAACCAAGAAUAUCCGCCACAGCCAGCUCGAGGCGACAUUGAAUGUGAAGGAACAAAGCGCGAGAAACGACCGCCUCGCGUCUCGAUUCGGCCACCCUGCUCUCUAUAGACCACUAAUCACUCCCAUGGUACAUGCGAAGGCGCAAAACAUACUCGCGAGCGUCUACCAGGGUCGCCUGUCGGACGGACGCGAAGCUGGCUCGGGAGAUUUGACCUCAGUGAGUGGCUACAGCGACACGUACGCGCUCGACUCGAUGUCCGCCGGAAAACCAGGAAAGGUCACACCGACUUUGCCCGGAUUCGAGGUGGUACCGGAGUCACGCCUCGACUUUGAGUUCUACAAGAACCGCGACGAGUUUGCAGCCGACCACGGCGCGGGCGAGAUCUUCGGACGUCCGUCGGACAUGGUUCGUCCCGGCACACCGGGCACCAUGUUCAGCGGCGGGUCGGACUCGAGACCAGGGACGCCGGUUGGCGGUAUGGGCUUCAGUGGGAGCGGGAAUAACAGACGCAACUUCUCAUCAGCCUCGGAAAUCAACCCCGGCGCAAGGUACGGUUACCCGCCACCACCGUCACAAGGUUCCGCCUACCCGGGACAGCAAGCCUACGGGUCCCCCCCGCUCGGUCAUACGGAUCCCCCCCAGAGGACGUGCAGCCCGAUGUACAACCUCGGCAACGACAGCGGGACGAACCUGGUGCGCAACGCCGCGGGGAUGCCCAUGUCGCCGCCGCUCGCGGGACCCAUGUCGGGCCGGCCCGGCACACCGGGAUCCAGGGACCGGAGCCUUGACCGCGACAUGGGCGGCAUGAGCGGCCUGGGCGUCGUGAACCCGCGCGCCCCGGGCAUGCUCGGCGGCGGGCCGCAGGGCUACGGCGGCCUCCCGCAGACCGACGACGACUUCAGCCCGGUGCCGAUGGGCAGCCAGAUGGAGCAGGCCAUGCAGUACGACUACUUCAGGGGAGGCGCCAGGAGGAAUGCCAGGGACGCCAGCCAGCCGCGACCAGGGCCCGGAGCCGGCCCCUCACGGAACGGCAGCGGGGCCUGGGGCGGGAACUAGGGGUUCCUGCGCGGGUCGGGAGUGAGGUUGAAGGUGAAGUGGAGUCUUGCGAGGGCGAAGCUGCGGCGCGCGUGAGGACGCUGGGGUGUUAGAGAUAUUUUCCUUCUGGUGGAGAAGAACCCGGUGUGGUUUUGUACAUAUCGCAUUGCUGUGGCGUUACGGAAGCCCCUCUUCCCUCUCCCCCUGAGCAUAUAAUUGUCUGGGUUUGACAACUGGAAUGAAUAUGUUGCACGGGGAAGGGGGCAUAUGUGACUGGGAUAGAUCAUAUGACCAAUAGAUAAUAAGCAUUUGGGCUGAACGAGUAUAGAAUCUCACCUUGAACAGU